UGUGUUGGUGGAAAUAGGCAUUAAUGCACAAAGUGUAAGCAAAAAGAACAAACCUAUAGUCAUGAACUCCGCCAUCACGUUGGAGCGUUGGAGCACGAAGCACGUUACAUAGUUUCUGUAAUACCUCUCAAUUUCACUCACUGCUGAGUGAAAGAAUAGAAAAUAAAUUGGUUAUUAUGGUCAAAUUGUCCCCGCCACACUAUACUACUGGGGACACCAUAAAAGUGAAAAAGAAGAAGAAGAAGCGCGUCAUAUAACUUCAAGGAAAUGUGAAAGGCACAAUAAAUCCUUCGUCCAGAGAUAACAAUCCAAAAAAGAAUUAAAACCAUUAAACUGGUACUACUUUAUUCCAGCAAAAAACAGAAAUUCGCAAUAACGAAAAGGAACAAGUGAUUAUUGUUUUCAUGAACUUAAAAAAAGAAAAAUAUUAGCAAACAAAAGACGAGAACGUUGACAAAGCAUAAAAAAAUGUUCUGUAAAUUUGCAAAAAUUGGAAAAUAAUAUAGAUACUAUAACAAUAAAAAAAGAUAAAAAUAUUUUACCUUUGCACAUGGAUAAUGAACAAAUAAUUCUUAGAGAAGUGAAGAUGGAACCAGUGGAAUUUGUCACUGUAAAGGAGGAAAACAAUAUUGAUGAUCUCAAAAACAAAAGCAACUAUUUGUCCUUUAAUCACUUCGAGGAGGAGGAGAGAAAGCAAGAAUUGACUGAUGCGUUGAAAUACUGCAUAGACCUAUUGAAGGAUGCUCAGAUCAUUUUAGAUUUGCAAAAUAGCAAUGAGACCAUUUCCAAGCGUUCCCAGCGAAUGGGAAAAGAAAUCCGGCGUAGGAUCAUGGAUAUGUUAUAUUCUAUGACAUUUAUGGAUGAAGAGGAUGAGGAAAUGGAAUGUCAGGAAGAUCCAAUGUCACUGGAAAAUUUAUGUGACUCAAAUGAAAAAGAAUUAAUAAAAGACAAUAUCAAAUCUGUUGAGAAGGUUGAUAUGCAGGAUGCAUCACUUCUCAACCAAUCGAUUGAAUGUAUAGACGAAGAUAAAUCUAUUAUAUUAAACAAUUACGAAAAUUCAGUAAACUCUGGAAGUAUAAAGACUGUAACAUCAAAUAAGAAGAUAAUGGGACGAAGCUACAAACAUAAAAAAGAAAAAAUUGACAGAAUAGACAGAAAAAAUAGAAUAGAAGUGCUUCGGCUUGCUCUUCUCGAAGUGCAAAAGGGAAAAACAUUGACAGAAGCAUCACGUGAAUUCGACAUUUCACGCACAACAUUGCAGCGUCAUCAACGUGCAAAUAGUCGUAGAAUCGCUACAGAAACAUCGAAAGCAGCAUCACCAAUAUUAACACCAAGUGAUAUUCAAAUUCGAGAGAUAGGCCGUCACACAGUGUUCAAUGAACAACAAGAAAAAUUAUUGGAAGUAUAUUUGAUGCAUUGUUCGAAUAUUUAUAUUGGUAUGACUGCUAAAGAUGCUUGUUCGCUGGCAUAUCAAUUGGCAAGCAAAUUGCAAAUUGAAAUCCCAGAAAGUUGGAAGAAGAACGAACUUGCGGGGCGUACGUGGUUUUAUGGCUAUAUGCAAAGGCAUCCGAAUCUUAUAUUGAGAAACCCGGACGCUAGAUGUGCAAGUCUAGAUAAUAUGGACUUCCUGCCCAGCUUGAUCACUGAUCAGCCAAUCGAAUAUGACGAAGCAUCUACCGAAAUUAUUAAAGAAGAAAUGGAGCAAAGAUUUGAUGAAUUUAUAAAUCGCUCGCUUUCGAUUUCUACAUCGCGAACUUCCGAUGCAAGUUUGCACGAAAUACUACAAUCCAUUUCACGUAAAAAUAUGGAACAAAAACCAAGAAAAAUAAACACUUUAUCCGAUGACUCUGUCAUGCAAGUUAUUGAUUUAAAGCAAGAAACAAGACAAAUGCAAAUAAAAAAAAUAACGCGAAUGGAAGUACGAGAAAACGCCGAAGAAUCGAGCAAAAUUGAUUCAUCGAAGAGAAAAAAACAAGAUCCUGAUUAUGUUACAUCGAAAUCGCAAUCUAGUCGUAACACUAGCGAUCGGCCGACCAGAUCAGGCUCUAGAAAUACUUCAGUGAACUAUUAUGAGUCAUCAGACUCGGAAUAAAUUAAAUUUACUUUAAAUAAUAUUAUUUGAAUUUUUACUAUUUUUUAAAAAUAAAAUUUGCAUUUUUAACUAUUAA